AAAAUCAACAACAAGAAAUCGAGAAACGCAAAAAAACAAUUUGAAGAAGAGAGAGAAAAAGCCCAAGAACAAGUCAAAAAUAAUCCUCCAACUUCAACACCUCAACCAAAAAAUAAUCCUCCAACUAAUACUGACAAUCCUCAGCAAAAUAAUAACCCUGAACCAACUAUUCCACUAGAAAAUAACCCAACUAAUCCGCCACAAAAUCAAGAAGAUAAAGAAAAUAAUAACCAAUCCCACCAAUCGCAAACAACUAUUACUAAUAAUAAAAAUCAAAUCCAACAAGUCCUAAAAUCCUACCACUUAAAAACCUCAGAUUUACCAAAACAAUAUCAAAAUUGA